GACUCAGUUUGAAAUCUCUACAUAUUUUUUUUUUUCUCCAUAAUCACUCACGUAUGUAUGUACACAUCUCUUCCUCUCCACUUAAAAGUUCUUCAACACUUGCUUGGCUGCAUCAAAUGAUUUGAAAGGGAAGGUCAAAAUCAAAGAAGUUCCCCUGUUUUGAUCAUUUCGCAGCCUUUUUCAGUAAGGAAGUUGCAGAGAUUUGUACUCUGACAAAGGGGGCUCUCCCUCCAGACUGUGCAGAAGAUGAUGAAGCACGUGCAAACUCAGAUUACCCUCACAGCAGGUACUGAUAUUAUUAACUAUUACUAUAAUCAAUUCUUUUCCCCUUCUCUCUCCCCCUCUCCCUUUCAAUCUCUGUACCUCUCUCUCUCCCUUUCCCUCCUUUUCCUCUUUUUAUAUAAACUACAUAGCAUCCUUAUCUACUCCCUUUUCCUCCCCUCUCCCCCCUCCCCUCUAGAACAUGUAGUAGUAGACGAUUCUAAUAUGGGUUCUUUUGCAACCUUAAACAAUCCACAAUUGUUUAAACUUUGUGGAGUUUUCACCUCUCAUUUGUUGUUCCUUGAUUUCUUUUACUGGAUCUGUUUGGCCAUCACUCCCAUAUUUCCCUGAACUUUUCUAUUUUGAUGAAGAAACCAUUUCAUGGGUUGAUUUUAGAGACCUGAUUUAGUUAUGUUUACAUACAUAUUUUGAAUAUGUUAAGUAUUAAUAUAUGGGUAGUUGUGUUAAGGAAGUAAGUAUUCUCUUUUCCUUUUUCUUUCCAGUGAAGUGAAAACUGAGAAAAGAACAUUUACUCUUGGGAAAACAAAGGAACUAUCCGAUCGAUGGCGACUUAUUUUCAUGGGAAUCCUGAAAUCCAACCGGCCGAUGGCCUUCAGACUCUUGUGCUCAUGAACCCUACCUACGUCCAAUACUCGGACACGCAGUCUCCUCAGCCGGGAAACAAUUUUGUUUUCCUCAACUCCAACUCACUCUCUCCCCACGCGCCGCCUCCUUCUCACACUCAGCAAUUUGUCGGCAUCCCUUUAUCCACCACACCAGCAUCUACAGUUAACGCGGCUACACACGACCCCGCUUCCCAUGACUUCUCGCACUUGCAUGGCCUCGUCCAGCGUGUCCACUACAACCUUUACAACCCUAUUGACCCUACUGGAGCAGCGCGUGAUGCCCCAAGCGCUCAGCAGGGGCUUUCUUUGAGUCUCUCCUCCCAGCACCAACAGCAUCCACCGGGGUUCGGUUCACAGGCUCAAGCAAUGUCCGGUGAGGACGUCAAAGUUUCUGGCGGGUCACCGUCUUCUGGAUCGGCAGUGACCAAUGGAGUGUCUGGGAUGCAGGGUCUGUUGUUGGGGUCUAAGUACUUGAAGGCUGCUCAAGAGCUUCUGGAUGAGGUUGUUAAUGUUAACAAGACUGAAUUGGCUAAAAGGAAUACCGGUAACAACAACAGCAGCAGUAGCAAGGUAGCCGGCGAAUCAUCCGCAGCUGCUGGUGACGGCUCACCAAGCAGUGAGGCCGGAGGGAAGCCAGGAGCAGAGCUGUCCACCGCGGAGAGGCAAGAAAUUCAGAUGAAGAAAGCUAAGCUAAUUGGCAUGCUUGAUGAGGUGGAGCAGAGGUACAGGCAGUACCAUCACCAGAUGCAGAUUGUAAUAAAUUCAUUUGAGCACACAGCAGGGAUAGGCUCUGCCAAAACGUACACAGCUCUCGCCCUCCAGACCAUCUCCAAGCAAUUCCGGUGCCUGAAAGACGCCAUUACAGGGCAAAUCCAAGCUGCAAACAAGAGCUUAGGAGAAGAAGACUGCCUGGGAGGGAAACUUGAGGGCUCCAGACUCAAGUUCGUUGAUCAUCAUCUCCGGCAACAGCGAGCACUUCAGCAGUUGGGAAUGAUCCAGCACAAUGCUUGGAGACCCCAGAGAGGACUGCCUGAAAGAUCCGUCUCUGUUCUUCGUUCUUGGCUCUUUGAACACUUCCUCCACCCGUAUCCUAAGGAUUCAGAUAAGCAUAUGUUGGCAAAGCAAACAGGACUAACCAGGAGCCAGGUGUCGAACUGGUUCAUAAACGCCAGGGUGCGGCUGUGGAAGCCAAUGGUGGAAGAGAUGUAUUUGGAGGAAAUAAAGGAGCAAGAACAGAUUGGAUCAGAGGACAAAACAAGCAAAAGCCAGAACAAUGAAGAUUCGGAAAAACAAAGCCCUGUUUCGGAAAACAAACCCAAGAGCUUUACCUCCAAACAGGAUAAUUCCAUCACCCAAAACUCCGCAGGAAUGUCCAUUUCCACCGCUACAACGUCCCCUGUUGCAGGACGAAACCAAUCUGGAUUCUCCCUCAUUGGAUCACCUGAACUGGAAGGGUUUGCACGAGGGAGUCCAAAGAAACAGAGGAGCUCCGAAAUGUUACAGUCACCUACUAGUGUCCGCAGUGAGGUGGCGACCGAGCAAGUCUCCAUCAAAUUUGGCGGCGAGAGACAGAGCAGAGAUGGCUACUCUUUCAUGGGAAGCAAUACAAACUUCAUUGGAGGAUUCGGGCAAUACCCAAUUGGGGAAAUUGGGAGGUUCGAUGCAGAGCAGUUCACCCCAAGGUUUGCUGGCAAUGGUGUUUCCCUCACCCUCGGCCUUCCCCACUGUGAAAACCUCUCCUUGUCAGGAACCCAUCAAACUUUUCUCCCCAACCAGAACAUUCAGUUGGGAAGAAGAGUUGAAAUCAAUGAACCAAAUGAGUUUGGAGCCAUCAACCCUUCCACAUCUUCAGCUGCAUAUGAAAACAUCAAUAUUCAGAACAGGAAGAGGUUUUCGGCACAAUUGUUGCCGGACUUUGUUGCCUAAUGAUCUCCGGUGACAUUAUUCAGAUAGAUAUUUAUGAUUCUAGGACCAGUCACUAUUUUUUGUUGUCUCUCUUUAUUAGGGAAAUAACAAAAAGCAUGGUAAUGGUAGUGUAAAGAACAAAAAAAAAAAAAAAAAAAAAAAAAUUUACCUGUAGCAUAGGUUUAUACUCUGCAUAGAACCAUUUGAAUCCUUAGACAUCUUAGGAUUUGAGCAUGUAUUUGAGGAUUGUAUAUUAAUUUUGUAGGUUUUGGGGCUGGAUAGAUGGAUUGAUAUCAUAGAAUUUUAGCUACUUGGGUACCAUUAUAUCAAUUUCAAGUCCAAAUGUAUUGUGAAGUUUAAUUUUAUUAAUGGUGCAAUGUUUCAUG